CUAAUGUGCCGAUCACAAUGUUUAACUGCAAAACUUUCAGAACUGUCAAACUGAAUGAAAAAUGUCCUGAAACACCAGUGAUGACGUCAAAGUCACGUGGUAUUAUUCAUUUGGCACAAUGUGUUGGAGCAGAUUUUCACAGGAGUGAAACAAGUUUCCCAACUUCUGUAUCAUCCGCCCAUCUCUCAUCAGAGCAGAGACAGAACAGCUGAACCAGCUCGGUCCUCAGACACGUCUUUAUCAAAACAAGAUGAAAAAGUUCCUGUUGUUGCUUCUCUUCUGUCACGUCUCAUCUCCAGUGAAACACUCACUGAAGCUUUCUGUAACUUCAUCUUCUGGAGUCCCAAACUUGUCGGAGCUCGUGGCUGCUGCAGUGAUUGAUGAACUUCUGAUGGGUUACUGCGACAGCAAGAAAAAGAUAUUAGAACCAAAACAGGACUGGGUGAAAACAUUUUUAAAAAACAAUCCUCAGUAUUGGGUAAUGUACACUGCAGAGUGUUUUGAGGAUCAGCCUGACUUCUUCAAAGCCUGGAUUAAUCAGAUGAAGCAGAGCUUCAACCAAACUGGAGGUGUCCACAUUCUCCAGAGUAUGGCUGGCUGUGAGUGGGACGAUGAGACUGGAGAGGUCAAUGGUUUUAUUCAGUUUGGUUAUGAUGGAGAAGACUUCCUAGUAUUGGACCUGAAGACAUCGACAUGGAUCGCUCUGAAACCAGAAGCUGACAACAUCAAACAGAGAUGGGAUGCUGACAUAUCUAGAAUAAAACGCAAUGAGAUUCUCCUCACUGAGAUUUGUCCUGAAUGGCUGAAGAUGUAUUUGAACUACAGCAAGAGCUCUCGGCACAGAAAAGGUAGAAUCCCAUUUCCUGAU